AUGGAACAAUGUGAUGAAAGUUUGAGAAAGCGAGUUGUUGUGAAGGAGGACAGGAUCAGUGACUUGUCUGAAACUUUGCUUCUACAAAUAUUGUCUUGUCUUCCAACAAAAGCUGUCGUAGCCACUAGUGUUCUGUCUAAACGAUGGCGAUCUCUUUGGAAGGUGGUGCCGAGACUCCAGUUUGAAUGUUACAAUCAUCAGAACAUACAUAAAUUUUCAGAGAAUGUUGGCAGGUGUUUGCUUUUGCACAAAGCUCCAGUUUUGGAGAGUUUGCAUCUCAAACUUUCUCGUAGUUGUUGUGCUAUAGAUCUUGGACUAUGGGCUGGAAUCGCGUUUUCACGCCAUCUGCGUGAGUUCGUGCUCGAUCUUUUCUUUGGACCGAAUGUCCAAUUUCUAAGAAGCUUGUUUAGGUUUAGUGAUACGCUUGAGACCUUGAAACUCAAGAAUUCGGUUCUUUCAGAUGUUCCUCCUGGAUUUUGUAUGAAGUCCCUCAGAACUCUUCACCUUCACUGCGUGGGUUUCAGCGACAAUGAAUCGUUUCGUAACUUUAUAUCCGGAUGCCCUAAUCUUGAAAAUCUGGUCAUGCGUCGAGGUAAGCAUGAGAAUGUGCUGACUUUCGUUAUUGUGUCAACUUCCUUGAAGAGACUAUCGAUUAAAGAUGACACUGGUGUAGUAAAGAAUGGUGGCUAUGAGAUAAACGCACCUUCUUUGAUGUACUUGGAAAUUAGAGGGAUUAGUCCUUGUGAGCGAUGUUCUAUUGUGGAUUCUCCUAAGCUAGUUGAGGCAAAUAUUAGUAAUGUUUCUCCCAUAAUGAACGGGAACCUUGUUGGAUCUCUCAAUUCAGCCAAACGUCUUUCCUUGGAGUUACCCUCGGAGAUUUUGUUUCCUACCGGAGAUAUUUUUAAUCAGCUGGUUUAUCUAGAGAUCUGUACUUGUAAAGGAAAGUGGUGGAAUCUACUUACGUUUAUGCUCGAUUUCUCUCCUAAACUACAAGUCCUCAAGUUCAUUGAUCAAUCCCAGAGAUUUGAUAAAGAUUGUGUGGUCGGCGGGAAAUGGAAUCAACCUGACGUUGUCCCUGAAUGUUUGUUGUCCCAUCUUGAGAAAUUGGAGUGGGAACUAUUUAACUGGGAUAGAGAAGAGGAGAUAGAAGUGGCUACAUACAUUCUUACGUACGCAAGACGUCUGAAGAGUGCAACUUUUUCCACAAGACCCAUUCAGUACAAAGAGCUCAGCAAGUUGGAAGAGAGAUAUACGAAGCUCAUGGACUUGGAUGGUGUGGUUAGGGCAUCAAAUUCCUGCCACCUUGUGUUCGCUGAAUGA